CGUUAUUGGACGUCGGACUCGUUUGGCACCUGAAUUUGUGUCGGCUACGAAUUACAGCAAUAUUAGUAUGAGAGCCAUCCUGAUGCAAACGCUGGUCGCGACGAUCGUCGCCGCAACCGCCAUCCCUAAGAUCGAGGAUGACAAAAGUCAGCGUGUUUUCGAUAAGGACCUGAGCAACCAAGAGCAUUUUGUGGAGUCUCAUCAUAAUCCAGCCUACGAUCACGAAGCUUUUUUGGGAGAAGAAGCUAAAACCUUUGAGCAAUUAAGCCCAGAAGAAAGUACAAGAAGGUUGGGAUUAAUAGUGGAUAAGAUUGAUAAGGAUACCGACGGCUUUGUCACCAAAGAAGAAUUGAGGGAUUGGAUCAGAUAUACGCAGCAACGUUAUAUUCGCGACGACGUCGACAGACAAUGGAAGUCGCACAAUGAGGAAGAUAAAGAAAAAAUAACGUGGGAAGAGUACCGUAAAAUGAUAUAUGGUUUUCUAGACGAGAAAGAUGCUGAGUCCACGGAUAAGGAUGAUAAGAAUUACUCUUAUGCCACUAUGCAGAAACGAGAGAGGCGGCGAUGGUCCAUUGCAGAUACAGAUGGAGACGAUGCCUUAACAAAAGAAGAAUUCACUGCCUUCUUGCAUCCGGAAGAAAGGGAGUAUAUGAAAGAUGUCGUAGUACUAGAAACGAUCGAAGAUAUCGAUAAGGAUGGAGAUGGCAAAAUUUCACUGGACGAAUAUAUUGGUGAUAUGUACAGAGCUGUACAAGGAGAGGAAGUACCAGACUGGGUGACAAACGAACAAGAACAAUUUUCAGCUCAUCGAGAUAAGGAUGCGAAUGGCUACUUAGAUACCGAAGAGGUUAAAGAUUGGAUUAUACCAGCUGAUUUUGAUCAUGCCGAAGCGGAGGCUCGCCACCUGAUUUACGAAGCCGAUUCCGACGCGGACCAAAAAUUAACAAAAGAAGAAAUAUUAGAAAAAUACGAUAUAUUCGUGGGCUCCCAAGCGACUGAUUUCGGCGAAGCCCUCACUAGACACGACGAAUUUUAAAGAUCUUUAUCAACAGAGCCAAAUUUAUUAUUAAAAAUGACAAGAUCUUUAUUUAUUUAUAUUAAAUGUUUAUU